AUGGAUAGUGAAUUGGAAAAAUUUGCAUCAUAUCCCGAUCCUUUAGAUAGAAUAGAAAAGGCUUUAGGACAAAAAUCAUUUGAUGGUUAUAUUGCUAAUACACAUCUUUAUACAUGGCAAAAAUCUACAGAUAUAAUGCAUAAAAAGGAUGAGAUUAGUUUGUAUAUCAAGAAUGCUCUCCGAAUUGCCAUAAAAGAGAUAAGUAGAUUGAAUCUCUUAAAGAAUGACAUUAUUAUAGCUGAUUCCUCGAAUGAAAUGAAAUGGAGUAAACACUUGAUAUUACCUAGAUAUUUCGUUCGUAGUGCAUCCAAAGCUCAAAAAUUUACAUUGCGAAUCUUAGAACUUCUUCCAGAAAGAAUGCAUCCUUUUAUUGAUGAAAAAGUAAACAAGGAUCUUCAUUGCUUUCGACUAGCAGGAAGUCAUAAAGCCAAAGACUCUUCACGCAUUAAGCGCAUAUAUUCAAAUCAUACUUGGAGAGAGUCACUUAUCACUUAUAUUGAGAAAGAUUCUAUAGAACUCUGGCCAUAUGAAUGGAAAGAAGAUAAAAAGCUGAAAAAUGAGUCUGUCUCACAUGAGAAGAGUGAUACUGCAAUAAAAAUAGUAGAAAAACAAUUUUCUUUUUUGUCUUAUCGAAAUUCUAAUAAUGGCUUCGAUAUUUUUGAUAAAAUUUGGCCUACAACAUGUUCAAUCUGUGAAAAAGAGCACACGAGAGAAGGUAUGUAUGGUAGAUGGCAUGGAUCGUAUUAUUUUCUUUAUUGUUUUAGGCAAAAAAAGGGUGAAUCCGGUAUUGAAGUUGUUAAAGCAGAUCAUAAUAAAAAAAAAGUUAUUCCUUGUUUAGAUAGAUUAAGAGCUUGGCUUCAGCAUAGAUCACAGUCUCAUUCACAAAAUAACUUUACUGCUGUUGAAAAGAACAUCGAAAUAUAUAAUGCUAAAACAAUGCAUAGCUAUAAUUUACAAGCUAAACUUACGAGUGCAGAAGAAAUAAGAACACUUUGUUAUUCUGAUGGAUCUUCUGUUUCAACUCUCAUCAUAUCUGGUCGGCAUUCUCUUACUCAUGGGCAAAAGGUUCUUUUCGAAGGAUUUAAGUCUUACCUCAAGCUAGAUGCAAAAAAACUUAAUCCUAAAGAUAUCCCUAAACUCAUUAUCAGUUCGGAAAGCAUUCACAAACUUGGAGCAACUGGCUAUGAUGUGAUUAUACUAGAUAAGUUUGAAACAAUCACUCAAAAUUUUAGUGGACCUACCAUGAAAAAACCAAAGCUAAGUCAUGAUGUAUAUAAAUCCUUGCUUCAAUCUGCAUUAUUAAUAUUAGCUUUAGAUGCUAUAUUAGAUUCAGACUCGCUUAACCAGCAUAUACGAAAUAAAUGUCAUGCUCUUAUACAUAUUAAUACCAAAAAAUGGAAUGUUGAAUUAAUUGGAGCUUUGAGACAAGGAUUAAAAGUCUAUAUUCCAAUGUUUGCUAGUGCGGAAAUGGCAGAGGCCCUUCAUAAGGAAUUAGAAUCUCAAGGAUAUCAAGGCAAGUGUUUUUCCAAACGACUAUUAGAAACUGAGAAAAAAGAAAUAUUUGCCGAUAUCAAUAAUGCAGUAGCAAAUCUUGACUAUUUGAUAGCAACUCCUGUGAUGACUUGUGGAGUAAGUAUAAUAGUCGAAAACUUCGAUAUGAUGUUUGCACACUUCCGCACAUUAGCUAAUCUGACAAGCAAUGAAGCAUAUCAGAUGUUGCACCGUGUUCGAAAGCUAAAUCAAAAUAUAGUACACAUUCUAACAGAUUUACGUAGCGAUAAUUUGCCAACAGACCGUGAGGAUUUACUUUGUUUUAUCAGCUAUCGAUGUAAUAUCGCAGAGUAUCCUGAUCUAGAAGAGGCUUAUUGUGAUAAGAUAUUUACUCCGGAUAGCAGAUGGAUUUUUAAGCCAAAUGCUUCUUUAGAAACUCAUCUUUAUAAUGUAUCUCGUCACAAUGCAUCUAGAAAUGAUUUUGUUAGUUUACUGACUGAUCGUCUUAGCGAAUGUGGUUAUAAUAUUAAUAUUGCCAAAGACUGCCCUUCUAUCGACUCAAAACUUACAGAAAAUAAUAAAAGCAAAGAAUUACUUUUACAGACCCCUGAAGAUAUAACUAAAGAUUUUGUAGAAAAAUAUUCCCAAAAAGAGAUGCGAAAUGCAUAUAGUGCAUUAGUUCAAGCUGUGAACUCUCUUGAUGACUUGCGUGAGAAUUAUAGAUUUAUGGUUAUUGGAGACUCACGAGAGAAGGCUUCUUGCAAUUCAUUAUUGCCAAAAGUUAUUGCUUUAGAGGAGAUUUUACGAGGAAUAGGCUUUUCUUCGGGUAUUCAUACAUCUUAUACUUUAUCACGUCAAGAUUUUGAUACUAAUUUACCAAACUUCCUACCAAUUUAUAAGAAAAAUGAGCAAUUUCUUCUCAAACCACUAAAGGAAUUUAAAGUAUUAUUUUACCGAGAAAAAGAUCGUAGAAAUCAACUUAUACACUUAAAACUUAAAAUAGAUAGAAAUCUAAAAAUGAUUCUUCCCGAUGCUUGUUUAAGCGAUAAUGUAAUCGCAGAUCCCCCAAAAUCAGAUCUCAAUUCUUCUCAAGAUAUAUGCCAUGUCGUCGAUAACACUAUUGGUGAA